UCUCGGGUCUCGAACCCCACCCCGUGAAAUUCAGACCCGAAAAUCUCACAGCCCACACCUCUCCGUUACUUUCCUUGAAUAGGAAAACCCUAGAAUUCUCCUUUCCUACCCAAAAAAUGGAAGAGGAAAAACCCUCAAAUCUUCCAAUCCCCACCCAACAAAACCCUAGAAAAACGCCCAAACGCUUCUUCAAGACCCAAAUCCCCGAUUCCAUCACGUCUAACCCCGCCCUCAAUGCCGCUCUCUCCCUCCUCCCUCCCAACUACAAUUUCGAGGUGCACAAAUCUAUCUGGCGCAUCUCGGCAUCCGGCGCCAAGCGCGUCGCUCUCCAAUUCCCCGAGGGCCUCCUCAUGUAUUCUCUCGUCCUCUGCGACAUCUUUGAGACCUUUGCCGGCGUCAACGAGUGCUUCGUUCUCGGGGACGUCACGUAUGGCGCGUGCUGUGUCGACGACUUCUCCGCCUCCGCACUCGACGCCGACCUCCUUAUCCACUACGGCCACAGCUGCCUGGUCCCGAUCGAUGCUGUGAAGAUCCCGUCCCUGUAUGUCUUCGUCGAGAUUGGGAUUGAUGUCGGCCACCUCGUCGAUACGGUCAAGCUGAAUUUCGGUCCGGGGAAGGAGAGGAUCGCACUGGCGGGCACUAUUCAGUUCUCGACUGCAAUCCGGGCCGCAAAGUUAGCAUUGUCAGAUGCGGGGUUUGAGGCUAUUGUUCCACAGUCGAAGCCACUGUCAGCUGGGGAGGUUCUCGGUUGCACGUCGCCUACAAUUCCGAAGAACAGUGUCGAUGCGGUUGUUUUUGUUGCCGAUGGGAGAUUCCAUCUCGAAGCGUUUAUGAUUGCCAACCCGGGAAUCAAAGCUUUUCGGUAUGACCCGUAUCUUAAAGUCUUGUUCUUGGAGGAGUAUGAUCAUGCAGGGAUGAAGGAAGCUCGGAAGAAUGCAAUUUUGAAGGCGAGGAAUGCGGGUCGGUGGGGGAUUGUGCUCGGGACUCUUGGACGGCAGGGGAACCCCAGGAUUCUUGACCGGUUGCAGAAACAGAUGGCAGAGAGGGGCUUUGUUUGGACGGUUGUGUUGAUGUCGGAGAUUUCACCAGCUAGGAUUUCACUGUUUGGAGACUCUGUUGAUGCCUGGAUACAGAUUGCAUGCCCUCGGCUUUCGAUUGAUUGGGGAGAUGCUUUUAGGAAGCCCCUGCUGACACCAUUCGAGGCGGAGAUUGCACUUGGGCUCAUUCGGGGUUGGUGGGAGAAAGGGACAGAGGUUAAAGUGUCGGUAAAUUCAAAAUGUGGAGAUGGUGGAAAGGUAGAUGGUCUGGAUUGCAAGCAAGAAUCCUGCUCUAACUGUAACUGUGUUGAGGAAAGCAAUGCGGAUGGGGAGACAAAUGGCCAGGAUUAUCCUAUGGACUAUUAUGCUCAAGGUGGAGGGGAAUGGAACUGCUCUUAUUCGAAGAAGCCGUUACCUCCACAUAGAAAGCCUCGGAUUCAUAGUGGUAAUGGGAACAUCUCUUAGCUACUUCUCACAUGCUUAUAUUGAAAUUGCACUCCUUUCCAAUAUUAUUAUCUUGUUUUGGAGUGGACGAAAUUUCUCUUAGGUUGUGUCAGACAUAGCUGUAAAUGUUAACUUGAUAAAGGCUUCCCGAAGUGAAGGGAAUUUUGUAUGUGGUUGCUUAGUCAGUGAAGAAAUAGAAAAUGCUUUAAAUUUUGAGGUACUCAA